CUGCUGCUGCUGCUGAUGCUGAUGCUGCUGGAUGAAGAGGACGAUGAAGAUGGAGCGCAGGAGGCCACGACGAUGAAGAUGGCGACGAUGACGAUGAUGUUCGCUGCUUCGGGGCGGUCCGGACGGGAAACGGCGACAAGGAGAUCAAUGGCUCGUUCAAGCUGGGAGCUGCUCGUGUUCUUCAUGGAUUGCAGAUGCAGUGCCUAGGCCCCGCCCACCAGGACAACGCCAACAUGAACGGCGCCGCCGAGCAGGCCGACAUCCUGCCGCCAAACCAGAUGGUCAAGGACAGGUGGAAAGUGCUGAAGAAGAUCGGCGGCGGCGGUUUCGGGGAGAUCUACGAGGCUCUGGACUUGCUGACCCGAGAGAACGUGGCCCUCAAGGUGGAGUCGGCCCAGCAGCCCAAACAGGUUCUCAAGAUGGAGGUGGCCGUGCUCAAGAAGCUGCAGGGUAAAAACCAUGUGUGUAAGUUCAUUGGCUGCGGCAGAAACGACAAAUUCAACUACGUGGUGAUGCAGCUUCAGGGUCGCAAUCUGGCCGACCUGCGGCGCAGUCAGCCUCGAGGGACCUUCACCAUGAGCACCACGCUCAGGCUCGGCAAGCAGAUCCUCGAGUCCAUCGAGGCCAUCCACUCCGUCGGCUUCCUGCACCGAGACAUCAAACCCUCAAACUUUGCGAUGGGCCGCCUGCCGUCCACGUACAGGAAGUGCUACAUGCUGGACUUCGGUCUGGCCCGCCAGUACACCAACACCACCGGGGAGGUCCGGCCGCCGAGGACGGUGGCGGGUUUCCGAGGCACGGUCCGCUAUGCUUCGGUCAACGCUCACAAAAACAAGGAGAUGGGUCGCCAUGACGACCUGUGGUCACUCUUUUACAUGUUGGUGGAGUUUGCCGUCGGACAGUUGCCGUGGAGAAAGAUCAAAGACAAGGAGCAAGUGGGUCAGAUUAAAGAACGCUACGACCACCGCAUGUUACUCAAACACAUGCCGUCCGAGUUCAACGUCUUCCUCGACCACGUCCUCGCUCUCGACUACUACACCAAACCCGACUAUCAGCUGCUGAUGUCAGUGUUCGAGAACAGCAUGAAGGAGCGAAUCAUCACGGAGAAUGAGCCUUUUGAUUGGGAGAAGGCAGGAAGUGAUGUCACCAUGUCCACCAGCGCCUCCACCCAACCGCAGCACAACACACGGCCCACCGCCGCUAUGGUCGGGGCCAUCGUGACGCCGGUGCCCGGAGACCCUCAGCGUGAGAACACGGACGACGUCCUCCAGGACGAGCACCUGAGCGACCAGGAGAACGCUCCGCCGCCGCCGGGCUGCUCGCGCGGCGAAUCGCUAGUCCAACACGCCGGCGGCGGCGAGCCCGGAGAGCCCUGGGAGGACACCGACUUCAACCGCAACAGACUCAGGAUCAGCUUGAACAAGGAGGAGGAAGUGGGCCACGCCGCCUGUCCGGUGUCGCCGGUUCGCGGCGGCGCUCCCGACUCGCCCACGGGUCAGGGGCGGCCCUCGCGAUACCGCCGAGUCAAUAGUCCCGAGUCAGAACGUCUGUCCGCCGCCGAGGGACGCACGGACGCCUACGGACAGAGGUCCCGUAUGGACAUGCUGGGUUCUCCUUCCCGCCACGUGUACUCGUCGCAGCCGGCGCAGAUGCUGUCGGUGGACCCCGGUUGCCGUGGCGACCGACAGGCCAGCGGCCGACAGGAAGUGUCGGCGGCGUCGGCGGACCAGGAGGCGCACAGCAACGCGUUCAUACGCUCGGUGCCGCUGGCCGAGGAAGAAGACUUCGACAGCAAGGAGUGGGUGAUCAUCGACAAGGAGGCCGAGCUGCGAGACUUCCACCCGACCACGUCGGGCACCACCGACGACGAGCCCGAGGAGCUGCGCCCCCUUGAGGAGCCGCAGGACGAGCGCAGGAAGGGCCGCACGAUGGCAAGUGUCGAUCCAGCCGUCCGUCCCAAGACGCACGGUCGCGACGCCGGCCGCGGAAUGGUAACGCUAACGGAGGAGGAGGCGUCACGGAGGAGCGUCGCCGGCGCUAGCCCCGCCCACUCGCCGUGUCAUUCGCUGCCGUCGGGACGACCUCGGCGCCGAGAGUCGGAGCCCAACGGGCCGCAACGGCCGAUGGCAACGCCCCCCUUGCUGAUCCGCCUCUCGCCCGGCGCCUCCGCACCGUGCGCCCCCUCGCCACCAUCGCCCGACUACCGCACCAAAGCUGACAGCGACGAGCGCGAACUCUUCCACAUCCUGCCCAAGCUGCAGGCCAAGCGUGGCGACUUCCUGACGGUGAUGCUGAUGGGAACUCUACCGCAUCGCCGCACUUUCGCCCCCACCAUCGAUGCCCCGCCGGAACCCGGCGGCCCCAAAGACGACGACGUGACCAAGAGCGAGUCCAACAGUGAGGGCAGUCCCAAGAGCUCCGAACACAGCCAGGACGCCGCCCCCUCCACUCUCAUGGCCGAGGACCAGAGAGGCGCCAGGGAGCAUCCCUCUGAGGCCGACCCAGACCUGGAGGACGCCUCCAAGACCCUGGUCCUCUUCUCCCCCGGAGACACUCGCAAGUCCCCAUCUGGCGACCAUGCGCUGGAGGGUGAGUUGGCCACACCUUCUGGACCGACCCCCUGCCAAGACCGCGUUCCUCUUGGAGACGUAAUCCACAUGGAACCCUCGGAGACAGGUCGACUGUCCCCCGCUUUCAGACUGGACAUGCGGCCAUCCACACCUGUUGCCCCAGCGUCGCCCCCCUUUACCAAAGUGGAGCGCACUUUUGUCCACAUCGCGGAGACAUCACACCUAAACGUCAUGUCUUCCAACGGGCACUCUGCUAGGGAGACGGACCGGGACGUCGUGGAGGGACCGGAACCUGAGCCUCUAGCGGCUUUGGACAAGAAUCUUCAAACUGAGAAUGGUCCUUUGGAGCCGGUCCCAGAAGUUGUUUCACCAGAACCUAAAGAUUCUCUGGACCAUAAAUCCUCCAAUGAGGAAGCCUCUCAGAUUCACAAGAAGUCAGAACCUCCAGUGACAAUGAAGUCCAGAAUCAGGAGCAGAAUUCCUGUUCUGAUCUCAGAAGAAGACUCUGAGCCGUCGUCCUCUUUGUCGGCUCGAGCUCGCCUUCAACGGCACACCAGACAGCUGGACUUGGACUUGGCCCGGGUGCUGGUCCAGAGGCAACAGUGUCGCUGGAUGCGGAGGCGUGUCUGGUCUGGGACAUCAUCCUCAUUAUCCUCAGGAGACGGCGAGUAUCGCAGGACAUCGGAAACCUUGUCCACUGCUGGAUCAGAGGAGGACACGCACACCUCGGAUGAGUUUAAAAGGAACUCCGGGGUCAGGCGGGAAGACCAGCAGGACCGGCUCGGGUCCAGAAGUCGAAUCCCCAGGCCAGUCGCGCCCAUGAAGAGAGCUCCUGGGAAAAUAGCUGCUGUUCCGUCUCCUCUGGCAUCUUCAGUGUCGUCCUCCACUUCCAGGAAUGCGAAGACCCAACGAAGGUCCGCAGCCGUCCCGUCGAAAUCGUCAUCCUCGUGUACCCGUCCGUCCGCCGCCCCCGUCCAGUCCGGUAGUCCUCGUACGCCCCUCAGAGUGCUCCUGGGGACCCGUCGCAGCCUUAGCUCCGCCCACUGCAGGACUGACAGCCCGUCCCCUCAAAGGGCGGCGCUGCCCUCCAGACCUUCACUGUCCGUCCGGGCCCCGACCGUCCCCAUGCUGGCGCCCAGGAAUCCGGAGGGCAUGCGGCGCAGCGCCUCGCAGGAAGCCGCCGUCGCCCCGUCGUUGUCGGGACCCGCCCCCCCUGCCAGGUGGUCUCGGUCCAAAGCCGCAGUGAAGACAAACUCCAGGGAGAAGUCCGCGCCCGCUAGAUAAUACAAAGAAAGUCACACGAGAUCCACCUGUACUUCCUGUUUGGUCUGCAGACUUCCUGAACCUCCUAAAGGGACUUCCGGAGUCUGAGAGUCCGGCACCCUGCGUGGACUCGAGUUGUUGAUCUGGACACUGUCUCGGCAUGCUUCAAUCCUCAUGAAUGCUGUAAAUAAUCGUCAUAGUCAUCUCAUUAUUAAUCAAUUUAUCUUCAGCA